UCUUUAAAAUUGGGUUUGGAGAAGAAGAUGAAGACUAUUUGAGGGUAUCUCUUUUUAGAUUCCUUUCUCUUUCAAGUAGGUUGUCUUUAUAAUAAUCUUUGAGGAAGCCAUUGAAGUACUGACAUGGUUUGUCAGAUUGGUCAAUUGAAUAAUUUCACUGUCGUCGUCGUCAUCUCUCUCUCUGGUUCUCUUUCUUGAAUUGAUGGAUAGUUUUCAUUGCAGAAGAAGCUGAUUGAUCACGUGCGCAGAAAUUUGAAGAUUUCAUUCUCACAAGAAGGAUCUACACCCCAACAGCAGCAGUAAUAAUUCAAUUUUACAUCUUUUAACUCUUUGCCUGUCAUCAUCUGGACAAAUAUUUAAACCAUUCAUUUCUAAUUCUAGAGAGAGAAAUGGAUUGAUGAUCUUUUCAGAAACACAAUUUCACACCACUAAAGGAUUCAUUCAUGGCGACUUACUUUCACGGGAAUCAAGAAAUUCAAGGCGAUGGAUUACAGACUUUGAUUUUAAUGAAUACCGGCGGCGGAGGUUACAACGUUGGAUAUUCCGACCACCACCAACAACCUCAGCCGCCACCGAAUUUCUCUUUCCUUAAUUCCACUUCCGCCGGUGGUGACGCGCCUACAACUAGCGCACAACAAUUUGUCGGCAUACCUUUGCCGAUUGGAUCCCACGCGCCGCCCUCUGUCGACGCGUCUGCACACCACGGUCACGGUCACGGUCAGAUUCCGCGUUUUCCUUACCACGUUUAUGGUUCCAUGGAACAGAGGACGCAACCGCAACCGCAACCGCCGCGUGAUGUCAAUCGUUCGCAACAAGGGUUGUCUUUGACACUCUCAUCGCAGCAGGUCGGUGGGAUUAGUCGUCCGUCUGUUUUAUCUCCGACGAGCGGAGGUGGGUCGCCGUCGUCGGCAUCUGGGGUUUCUAACGGCGGUGGUGGUGCAGUGGGUAACAGUGUACAGAGCGUAUUAUUGGGUUCUAAAUACUUGAAGGCUACCCAAGAACUUCUUGAGGAAACUGUUAACGUCGGGAAGGGAAUCAGGACUGGAAAAAGCGUCGGCGGCGGCGUCGCCGCAGAAACUGGUGGUGGAGGAGAGACUAGCGGGAAGAGUAACGCGGAUUUGACGACGGCGGAGAGACAGGAAAUUCAGAUGAAGAAAGCAAAACUUGUCCAUAUGCUCGAUGAGGUAGAACAGAGGUACAGACAAUACGAUCAUCAGAUGCAACUUGUGAUUUCUUGGUUCGAACAAGUUGCAGGGAUUGGUUCAGCAAGAACCUAUACAUCUCUUGCUUUACAAACAAUUUCCAAACAGUUUCGUUGUUUAAAAGACACGAUCCUAACCCAGAUUAAAGCUGCUAGCAAGAGUUUAGGUGAAGAAGAAGGAGAGAACGAAGGUUCUCGGCUUAAGUUCGUUGAUCAUCAGCUUAGGCAGCAGAAGGCUUUACAGCAACUGGGUAUGAUUCAACCUAACGCUUGGAGACCACAGAGAGGAUUACCAGAGAGAUCUGUCUCUGUUCUUCGUGCUUGGCUCUUUGAACAUUUUCUACACCCUUACCCUAAGGACUCCGACAAACAAAUAUUGGCGAAACAAACAGGGCUUACUAGAAGUCAGGUUUCGAAUUGGUUCAUUAAUGCGCGCGUUCGGCUAUGGAAGCCAAUGGUUGAGGAAAUGUACCUCGAGGAGGUGAAAGAACACGAAAACACAGGGUCGGGUGAGAAGAAGACCAACAAAGACGACGACAACAACAAUAAUAACAAAUCAAACGCAAUUCAAGAGAGAACAGCUCAAACAAAGAACCAAGACAACAACAAUCUCCUAUUGAUCCACAACAACAACGGUAACAAUAGUCCGACGGGCUUGAGCAUGCGAAACCCUCCGGUCUUUUCCCUCGUAGAUCCAUCCGAUAUGGAGGUUUCAAUCCAAAGCCCGAAAAAACAGAGGAACAACAACAACAGCAUAAACAACGAGAUCAUAAUGGCGUCAUCCAACAAAGGUGCGAUAGGAGAAGAAGAAACAAUGAACGAUCAAUUCUCGAUUAAAUUCGACACGAGCCAAAGGCAGCAAAACAACAACCGAGAGAGAUUCUCCUUACUAGGAUCCCCGACUAACCUCAUGGGGGGAUUCGGGUCAUACCCAAUGGGUGAAAUUGGAAGGUUCACAACAACCGAUCAAUUCACGGGAGCUUAUCCCGCGAAUAAUAAUGGUGUUUCACUCACCCUUGGACUUCCUCACGUUGAAAACCUAUCAAUGCCGGGUACCCAUCAUCAAAGUUUCCUCCAUAAUCAUAAUAACAUGCAAAUUGGGAGAAGAGUCGAUCUCGGGGAUGAAAGCGAAUACGGAGGCUUAAACUCGCCGUCGUCUUCUCACACGCAGGUUGUUUAUGAGACUGUGAAUUUGCAGAACCGAAAGAGGUUCUCCGCUCAAUUGAUGCAUGACUUUGUCGCGUAAAAAUGGAGGGAAUUUAAUGUUUUUAAAAGUAUUGGCCUAUAUUUUUGCAGAGAACCCAUUUAGAGUUCUUGUAGCAUUGCAACACAUUAGGGGGGGAUUUGGGUGAGGAUUGUAUAUUAUUAUUAAUUAUUCAAUAUUUUCUGCAGACAUGAUUAUAUAUAUAUAUAUAGAUGGGAUUGUUGUAAUGAAUUGUAAUUGAUACACUAUUUUAAGGGGAGGGUAUACAAAGUACUAUUUUCUUGCUAAAA